AGGCCCUGGUGAUCUCAAGGUUGGAUUACUGCGAUGCUCUUCUUGCUGGACUUCCUGCAAAGGCUAUCAAACCACUCCAGCUGGUUCAGAAUGCACCCUUUCACACACUGCUACACCCCAUCAAGAACCUUGCAUUCAGCAAACAAGUGGCGUCUUGUAUUGCCUUCUCAAAACGGCAGUAAAUGGCUUUCCCGCUCAUUCUCCUUCACAACUCCUUCCUGGUGGAACACUCUUCCUAACUCAGUUUGGUCAACCACAUCUCUCACAACAUUCAAAAAAUUACUUAAAACCCAUCUCUUCUGUGAACAAUUGACAGACAAAUGAAAGAAGAAAAAAAAUCACUAACCCUCUCUCUCUCUCUCUCUCUCUCUCAACAGGUUUUGUUCUGGCUUAUGUUGAAACUAGUAACUUGAUAUUAGCACCUAUUGUAUUAUUGCUCCUGUAUGACAUAUCGCUUUAUUGCUCCCUGAACUCUCUGUAAGUCGCUUUGGAUAAAUAAAAGCGUCAGCUAAAUGACUAAAUGUAAAUGUUUUCUUUAAUGGCAAGCAAUGCUUAUACUUAGAAGCGGCCGUGUGUGAGGUGCUUCUGGGAGGUUAUAGUACACGAUUUCACAGCUUUAAAGAUGAUCAUGUGACUUGGAUGUAAGCCAGGUGACAUGUAAGGACAAAAAAGUGGUUACAGUAUAUUUUCAUUGUCCACUUUGGAUAGUAGACUGUCUGUUAGGUUAAGGUUAGUGUUGGGUAUACGGUUAGAAGAAUAAGUUGACAUGUAGUUACAAAGUUACUUAUAGCCAGUAGAAGUUUUUUUGAGCAAUUAUCAUGUUUAAAUAAAAUUUUAAAGAGACAGUCUACUAAAACUCUACUGACUGGUUGCAAAUUUACUUAUAAUUUGUGAAAUAUCUAAAGUGUACUUCAAAAUAUACUUCAAAAUCUGAAAAAAGAGGCCUGCGUUUCAACUAACGUCACUACAAAAAAAAAACAGAACCAGUUUUUCUCUACAAAAACACUCACUCGUAUCAUUCUGCACAUUCUCAACAUGAAGCUCUUUACUCUUUAUCAUCAUGUCCGUGUGCUGGGGCUGAUGUUGUGCUUGGGUUUGUGGGUUCAUUGUGACAUUCCAGAUGAUCUGUCUGGAGCUUACCUGCAUGGAGAUUUUAACUGCGCAAUUUUGUCAUCUAUUCACUCAAAAGUCAUCAACCUUCACAACCGAACACGCCCGGAGCCAUUCAUCUGUUCCGAUUUUGAUCUGGGCUCAUACUUAGAAUCAUUGGCUGCGAUCCACACAAUUGAAGAAAUCAAUGAUUCUAAAUUUCUUCCGGGAAUUAAGUUUGGAUAUCAAGUAUGUGACCCGUGUGCAUCUCCCACCAAAGCACUGCACUGUCUGGAACAUUUACUGGCCAUUAACGGAUCUCUGCCAGUUCUCUCGGACUUCUCUGAUUUCCGCCCGUCAAUGAAGGCGCUUUUGGGAGAAAGAUACUCUGAAUUAUCUAUCGCUGUUGCCAAACUACUCAGUCUCUACAUGUUUCCUCAGAUCAGCUGUACCUCCUCUUCACCAGUCCUCAGCGACAAACUGCGUUAUCCUUCUUUCAUGCGUGUCGUUCCAAGUGAUGUCCACCAGGCUAAGGCCCUGGCCAAGCUCAUGGAGCAUUUCUCAUGGAGCUGGGUCGGUGUGGUGUACGGAGACGAUGACUACGGAAGAGCAGCCCACCAGAGUCUCCGACAAGAGGCCGAAGGAAAGGUGUGUCUGGAUUUUGAGAUGGUAGUACCGCACUACUUGGACCACGUAGAAAUUGACAAGUACAUCAAAGAUGUCAUCGACACUAUACAAGCUUCUUCUGCCAAGGUCGUGGUUCUCAUUCUAAAGGACAAGCUGGUAGAGAAGAUUUUAAAAGGGAUGAUUCAAUCCAACAUGAGCAGAAUUUGGAUCGCAAGUGACGCCUGGUCCAUGCACGGCCCCUUGACGAAGAUGCCGGACAUAAAUAAAGUGGGUGAAAUUUUUGGCUUCUCUUUUGUCAUGGGAAAUAUACCAGGGUUUGAGGAUUAUUUGAAAAACCCCAGGCCAUCACCAGGAGCAAAGAAUGACUUCAUAGAGGAGUACAAGGAGUUGAGACGGAACUGUUCCAUCUCGGCCCUGAACUGUGGUGUAGGUGAUCUGCUGGACGUUAUGGACCGGAGGAAAGUUUACGGUCACAGAGUGGCGGUAUACGCUAUAGCUCACGGCCUUAAAAAACUCCUGAAAUGUAACGAGACCGCCUGCCUUGGAGAUAUCAACUUUCCACCAUGGCAGCUUGUGGAAAGCAUUCGCAGUGUGACUUUCACACUCGAUGGUAUCUCACAUUCCUUUGAUGAAUACGGGGACUUUACGGAUGGUUAUGACCUUAUAAGGUGGACAAAAACUAAUGAUGGUCGAAUUAUUGAUGUUGUUGGAAAGUUUAUAUUGAAGAAAGGAGAAGUGGAGCUCCGGAGUGAAUACCAGGGGAUCACGCUCCCACCGUCCAAGUGCUCAGAGUCCUGCCCGCCGGGCACCAGUAAGGGUGUGGUGAACACGGUAAAGUCCUGCUGCUACAACUGCACCGAGUGUCCCGAAGGAACUUACACGAACAAAUCUGAUGAAGACAGGUGCCAUGAUUGUCCAAAAGACCAGUGGUCUACAAAGAAACAAACUAAAUGCGAGGUCUUCCAGUACACGUAUCUCUUUUGGUCUGACGUCUAUCCCAUAGUUCUGUUGGUGGCAACAGCAAUAGGCAUAACUGCAGUGUUUACUUCAUUUAUCAUUUACUACAUUCACAGAGACAUGGCGAUCAUCAAAAUGGCCGACAUGAAAAUGUCUAGUUUUAUGUUGCUGGGUCUGAUGGAUAGCUUCGUGAGUGUCAUCAUGUUUAUUGGCAGGCCGAACGAUCAUCUGUGUCGAGCACAGCAGGCCGUGUACGGCUUAGGUUUCACCCUGUGCGUUUCGAGCAUCCUGGUGAAAGCGUACCGCACCUUCCUGGCGUUCAUGAUCUUUAAGCCGAACAUAAAGCAUCAGCUUAACAAACUCUACAAGCCUCUUAUCAACGUGCUGGUGCUUACCAGCGGUCAGGGAGUCAUUCUGUUGUUUUGGCUGAUUUUCAAGCCUCCUAAUGAAGACACUGUGUGGCCUGGAAAAUCAGGGAUCGUAAAGUACAUCGUCUGCAUCGAGGGUUCCAUCAUAGGUUUUGCAGUCAUGCACUGUUAUAUUUCUCUUCUUGCCUUCAUUUGUUUCAUUCUUGCCUUCAAGGCUAGAAAAGUGCCGCAGGAUUUUAACGACACCAGUGUCAUCAUCUUUAGCAUGUUGAUUCACCUAUUUGUCUGGCUUUGCUUUAUUCCCAUUUACAUAAAUAAGAACAAGACUGAACAGCAACACAUAGUUCAGGCUUCGGCUGUUCUGGCCUCCAACUACGGCAUAAUCUUCUGCCAUUUUGUCCCUAAGUGCUACAUACUCUUGUGGGAUUUGUCUGGAAACUCGAGGUCUGCCAUCCUGGGCAGGUUGAGUAGACAUAUUAGACAAAACACGAGGAACGCAGACAUUACUGUGUUACAUGAUGCAGGUACGGGAGCGGGUCCAGUAGAAUCUGCGGAAGUGGUUGGCACAAUUUCUCAAGAUGCUCUGCGCACCGUCAAAACUCUGGGAAAUGUUUUGAAUGAGGACAGAGGCAGCGUGAACUCAACGCAGAACAGACAUGCCCGAGUGAGGCAAAGACACACCACUAAUUGAGUGCUCUGUAAUGGGUUGUCUUUUUUUAACUCAUUUAUAAACCUAUGAUUUCAGAAAAUAAAUAUUAUUGCUCACCUCACGAAUCAACUGUUUCUUGUUUUACUGUUUCUUGUUUUCUUUCUUUUCUAGCCCUAAACCGACA